GUACAAAUACUGGGCUAAUGCUAAAAGCUUGUAACAGCAGUGAGAGUCUGAGUAAUAAAGCGAGGAAAGUAAAGUGAAGCUUAAUGCAUCGGUAUAAGUUUCGUUUUAGGUAAAAGCAGAAGAGAGAGCUUCACUUCCACUCACUGUCGAAACAGACAGCGAAGUGUAGUGAGACUUUUUUGAAGAAGCCUUAAAGACAUGCGGAGUAAACAGAGAGAGAGAGAGAGAGAGAGAGAGAGAGAAAGAGAGAGAGAGAGAGAGAGAGAGAGAGAGCGAGAGAGGAGGCUGAACCUCCACAGACUGAACGAGGAAGUUACCUUUCCAGGUCCACAGCAGCUCCCCGGGUUACUUUACCUGACAGUCAGAGAGGAAACGCUCGCUGCUGAGCUUCCAGGACCAUGACCCGAACCGGGACGAACGGCAACUUGAAGACCCACCUGAGCCACAGCGAACUGAAAUACGAGUGUAUCAAGAUUAAAGGUUUCAACAACAACAACAACAGCACGAGGAAGGAGGUGGGUCCGACACCUUUUCUGUCUUUACACGUCCGUGCAGAUGUCCACUCACCUGCGCUACUCUUACUUCUUUUGGAGGUGCUGUUCUACCUGUGCGCGUGCCUCUUUCGGGGCUCUUAUCCUGAAACGACCCGAGUGACGUAGGCUAACGUAAAGCGCACAGGCACGAGCUGGUCACUCAUAAUAAAUCGUAACGACAGACUACAUCUCCAGAUAUAAGUUAGUAACGCGAUAUUUCAUAAUAUAGUCGUGAAAGAACAAUAUUUAAUCAUGUUUAAUUCCCAUUAUCUCGUCCACUUUAUCUGACGGCGCAUCUUAAAGGUGUGUCUGACUUUUAUUCUCUGAAGUUCCUCUAAAAUGAACAUUGUAAAGAGCAAUAAAUGAACAAACGACCCCGCCCUGACAUUCUUCUUCUUCCUCUUCUCUGCUCUUAAAGCAGGUUUUUCUUUGCCCCCGGCCUGAGUUUUACAGGUGAGGAGGAAGAAGAAGAAGCCCUCCCAAAGUCUGUUAGGGGGUGUUUGUUUAUGGACUGUAACGUUAACUUACCUGUUCUGACUCACUGAUGAGAUAUAUGUAUGUAUGUAUGUAGGUAGGUAGGUAGGCUGUCUUCACUUGAAGUAGGUCAGUUAAGAUCACAACAAACAUUGUAUUCAUGUUAUGUAGGCUAAUUCAUGACUCCCUGUAUGGAGACUGUCUGCAGGGUCUGGUGUGCAGCUGGAGGGAGAUUUAUAACAUGCAUGGGCUCAAUCACAUACUUGCACUGUAUCACGUGCACUCAUUUUGAUCACGUGAUCGGGGUUACCAUUAGUAUGGCGUUAUCAGUAGGAGAGUCUAAGAUGAUGAUCAAAAUAUUUAGUGAGUAAAUUCAUGGGUGUUGACCAUAGAUUGUAUAAAGAAUGGACAGAAUCUGCCUCCUCGCUGGGUGAAGCCACUCCGAGAACAGCGCCCUCUGUUGAUGGGCUGCAGUAUAGGUCAUAAAUCCCGUCCUCUUUUUUUCUGUUAAACUUUUGUUUUUAAAAGUUAUUAGAGGGUUCAUGUUUUCUAUGAUUGACACUUGAUACAGCCUAUUGGUGUUCAGGGAUUGCGUAGCUCACCCGGGGGAUACGCUGUUUGAGCCGAGCGUCAUCACAGCGACUCUCGGCGACUGCGCGGCCGAAUGCGCGCAUCGCUACUGCGCAGCGCUGUAUUCAGGAGAUGAAGAAAAGUCCCGGAAAUAUCGAGAGCUGUUUAGAUUCAAAUCUGUAUACAAGCGGUAGCCGUUACCAAGUUGUCUACGGUGUAGACUAACUCUAGAGUUAUUCCAGUCUUGUUGAUAUCAGGCUGAUACACUCCUUUGAUGGUCUGGAUUCACUCCCUUUUCUUUGGCAAGAAAAUUAGAGUCAUUCAAAGCAGUCACUCCUGACUGAAGUAUUUGUUUGUAGGAAUUAAUGGUGCGUCCCUUUUAACCUCAGAACUGCCCAGGAAUGGAGUCACACCAGGAUUUACGGUCCCAGCAGGUAAAAGUUGAAACCAAGAGCAAUAACAACAUACUACAAAGGUUUAUGGAUGACAGCAACAUGGUAGAACUUUCUUUAAUACAGUCAGUGUGAAUAAUUGAGCCGUUUUAUUUACUGUUGAUGUCAGAGCAGCCAUGUUGGAUUUUGCUCUUAGUUUCUAUGGAGACUUUCUGACUUGAAGGGGAUGUUUACAUAUCUGAUCAAGUGGACCACACAAGUAUGUCCUAUUUCAUUGGAGCUCUGUCUUUGGUCUUACUUGCAGAUUUAGAAACAGAAUAUGCAAACCUCAAAACAAGCAUUCUCUGUGAUAAAAGAGGAUUUUUUCGUUAUGACUGAUGUGAACUGAUUCCUUAACUGUUUCUUUAAAAUGUGGUGGCUGCGUGGUCCACCAGCUUUCACUUUUGCUUCCUCAUAUAGGUUUCCCUUUCCUACAGCCAUGUAUUACUAAACUCACUUCAAACCUCAUUUAUUAAUAUUUUUAACCGCAGUACAUUAAAAAAAUAUUGACCUUAAACUUUAAAUUCUUUAGAUCUUGAGCUACCUUUUAAUGCUCCUGUCUUUAAGAAAAAACUGUAUUUACAAAAUCACAUCUGGGAUUAUUUGAUUAUUCAUGAUGCAAAAUUGCAAAAGUUGAUUGUUUUUCCUUUUUUUUGCCCCACAUAUACAAAUAUCUUGUAUAUUUAUUUUCUAUAGCUGACAUUUUAUCUUCAUUUAUGCACACUUUCUUUCUUGACUCAAUUAAUUGUGCAGUUCUGUUGACUUCCUUGGAUGCAUGUAGGCCUCCUCAUGUCCUCCUCAUUUGGAUAGGUUAAUUGGCGUGUUUACCACCACCUUGUAUUUUGAAUAAGAGCCACUUUUAUUCAAACAGCAUUGUUCCCUCUGCUCUUGUCUGCACUGUACAGCAGCUUAUGUGAGGCUCUCUCUUUUUGUACAGAAAAAUGUCCCAGGGACCGCUGUUGCCUCCAGGCAGCACCGACAGGAGUCCUUUGAACAGCCGCCCAUCUACGUGGCUGUCAUGACAUACGUGGGCUUCGGUAUUGUCACACUGUUCGGCUACCUCAGAGAUUUCCUCCGAUUCGUGGGCCUCGAGAAGCGCAACGUCGCCCAGGAAAGAGAGGAACAGAAGGUGGGUAAAACAUGCAAUCGGUAUAAAGACAAAUGCAUACACAGAAAGAGAGAGAGAGAGAGAGAGAGAGAGUGCCAAAGCCGCUGCAGAGGGAGAGCACACAAGCCUUGGGUGUCAACACAUCUUGUUCUCUGAGAAUUAUUUCCAUUUUUCCUCCCUCUCCCUCUCUCUCCCAUCCUCCUUCAUGUUCCUCUGCUCUAAUGUUGCCAUGGGUGAGACAGGACACCACAGAGAAUAUCUCCUGAAGCCCUAAUUAAAUCUCAGAGGAUGCAAGUUCUGUCUUUGUUACAGUGCUUAAGAUUGGAGAUAAGACCAAAGCAAGACCCCCAUCGAUUUGAUUUCUUAAACUCAAACUUGCAGUAGGAGUAAAAAUCAGGUCUUUAAAGAUGAAGAAGUUAUCAUCUAUUAAAAAUCAAUUCUGCUGUGUUGUCUCUACUUAGAUAAGUUAAUAAAGGAACCUCAGAGAGUGACGAUAACUCGACAGUUUGUUCUCUGUGUCGUAAUAAAGAGAGGAAGAGCUUUCCUGGAAGUCAGCUCUGUCACAAUUGUGGUUUGUGUUGGGAGGUUCAAACAGCUGCGGUGCAUUUCUUUGUUAGCGGAUAAAUGUGAACAUUUGGGUGUUAUGCAACAUCAAACUUCUGCUGUAGACUGCAGGUGUGGCUCCCUGAAUGAUAAGGUGGCAUCAGUGACAUAAUCUAGAUAAUAUCAACAUUUCAACAUAAAACAAUCUCGGUCAAAGAAAGAGAAAUUCACUCAAAAAUCAAAGCUGUUGUGCAGGCUGCAGAGACUUUUUACCUGCUUGUACUAAAGGUUGUAUGUAGCAUGUGAUUUGUCUGCUGAUCCGUCUUUUACUCCAAGAUGAAGAAUAUUUUCAGCCUAUUGAUUUUUCCUGAAAGAGUGGGGAGCACAUACCCUCGCUGUCUCGUUUCAUGACUGUUUACCCUGAGAGUCAGAAACUAAAGCACGGAGGCACCAUAUUGGAUUUGGCCAAUAUCAGAUCAGCCAGGUCUCUCAACAAACAAACAUGUGAUUGUACCACAAAUGAUAAGUGUAUUUUUUGUAUUAUAGACAUUUAGUUGCACGUCUCCUGUCUGUUCCCGACCCUUUAAAAUACUUCAGUGCAGCCCACUCCUACUCCUACUUGUGCAACUUCUUCUCCAGAUUUCUCAGAAUCACAACUCGGUUCGGUCUCAUGCAUGAUGCAUCAAGUUGAUGCUGCAGCAUUUGGGUUGAUGAUCCUGUAUGUACGCAGAAGUGUGUGCACAUAGCCUGCAUGCAUCUCCUUAGAAAAUGUGGCUUCAUAUUAAAACAGCACAGACCUCAAGCUCUGUGAUUGGUCUGCCGGGUAGUGUUGUGUUUUCUGCAUGUGCAAGAAUUCCAGUAUCGCCAUAUGGGACAUAGAUAACAUACUUUGCACAGAUGGAGGAGUUAUGGUCUCCUGUUCACAACAAGCCAAGACUUUAAAGGAGGAAGAAACUGGGGUUAAGACUAACUUGGAAAUUUGAUUUCUGAUUAUUAAUCCAGAGCAAAAUGGAUACUCUGGCACACUUGUAACGCUCAUGUCGGCAUAGGCUACUGCAGUAAAAUGCCUGAUUUGUGCCUGUUUUAUAUCAGAACUUUUACCCGUUCAGUGCUGCUGACAAAGUCCAGAAGUUUUCCUUCGUGUCAGUUAUAGUUUAGAAAUCUGUCCAAAUGUCAGACUGUUAGCAGAGCUGUCAUCCAUCCAAGAAACUCUUGGUUAUUUCACUUUUUAUGGCAUUAAAAUACUGAUACGUAAGUGCUUCCUUUACACACGUGAUCACAUUUUAUUCCAUCUAAAUCUGAUCAUUUAGCAUCUAUUUUUCAGAUUUGUCUUCAUUGAAUCUGUAAAUUCUUUUGGUUUUGGAGGGAAAAAACCCUCUAAAAAAGACAUGGUUGGCGUUGCCCAGUUUCUGAUCUCAUUGUUGAAAUAGUUUCUCUCUGUUUGCAGGAUUUUACUCCACUUUAUCAAGACUUUGAGAACUUCUACACCAGAAACUUGUACAUGAGGGUACGGGACAACUGGAAUCGUCCUGUCUGCAGCCUGCCUGGACCUGUGUUUGACAUGAUGGAGAGGGUGUCUGAUGACUACAACUGGACCUUCAGGUACCGUUAUCUAAUCGUUUAUCAUAGACGGAUGAGGAUUGUUAUAAAACCUGCAGCCAAAGCUAUAAAUAUGUGCGGCUUUUUUCCAGUUUAUGACGGUCUGACAAGCUUUUUAAACACUCGGAGACAUAAACCAUCCACCUAACCCAACGCCGCCUUGGCAGGAUCAGGCUCCUCUUCUGUGAGCUUAUGCAGAAAGACACAUGAAAACAUGCAGUGAUAGGUCAGGCCUGAAUUUUGGAUGUGCCCCUCUCCUGCACAGCGGGGUCAAAGAAUAUAUUAUUAAGAGAAGUACGAACAGAGAGAGCCGUGGGGAAGCGAUCUGCCAUCCUGAAUUGGGACGGAGUGCUGGGUCUGGAUUACAUGUUGAAAGAGGUUUAAAGUGACUGGAAAAAAAGGGGAAAUGGGGCAGUCAGCUUGUCUUUUGUGGUGGAUGGAUUAAAAGACAUGCGGUCGGGUUUGGAUGCAGUGUGCAGGUUCGCAUUAGGAGUGAGGAGAAAUGGGUCAGUGGGUGAAAUUCAACAGGCCUGUCUUGAAUAUGUAGUCGUCUCAUUAAAAAGGGGUUCAAUCUUUUCUUUAUCCCAUAAAACAUCUUCAUUUCUAAAGUCCUCAGUGUUUACCCAAGUCCUUCUCAUUACUGUCAUUGUUUAUUAUGAGGAGGGGCGCUGGAUGUUGACUCAGCAAACACCUUGGACUCAGUGGUUGAGUCACUUCUGUUGCUAGCAUGACUGUUUUUUUGCUAACAGUGAUAUACUACCUAAGCAGGCUAACAGGAAUAUUUACGAUAAUCUAGCGGUCAGGUUUCAGACUGAAACGCUCCCUUGCUCACCCCUCAGUGAGGCCAAGAAAACUCUGAUGAGUAUGGUUAUUCAUUUGUCUAGGAUGACCAUAUUCUGAAUCCCCAAAAAGAGGACACAACUACAUGGGGGCAGAGUCACAAAGUCGCGCGUAUUAAAAUUUGAGAGUUUUGCGGGUCGAGUCGAGUGUUUUUUUAUGCGCUUCUAACUCAGUAAAUCCACAUGACACAAACUCAGAACUUCCAAACAAAACCCCGGACAUUUGAAGGAUUUUAUAAACUCCCCCUGACAGACCGGACAGCCCCCAAAAAGAGGACAUGUCCGGGUAAAAGAGGACAUAUGGUCACCCUACGUUUGUCAAGCCCUUGUGGUUUUUUUUAGCCUGAAUCUGGACUCUUAUAUCGCCUUAUUUAUUGUUUCCCUGGGCGUUUUAUCUCUUUGUUUGUGUCUUUUGUUUCCUGUAAUCGACUUAGCGUCAGUGAAAACAGAGGCUGCCCCUCACCGAUCACUCCAGAAUAGAAAAAGGUCGAUUGAUUGACUCUCAGUGGGACUCAUCAAGCACACUAGCGUACCAUAAGGCGGCACUAUCUCUUUUUUCCUGCUAAAAUGAGCUGUAAAUAUUUGAUUAUGUACUUAAAAAUUGUCUGAGGAAACAGGAAUAACAAGUGUAGCUUACACAAGCAGUCACUUCUGUUUACCUCCAAUAAACAUUGUUAUAAUUGCCUCUCAUGAGCUGAACUCCGCUGACAGAGAAACAAGUUUAUGUUUUCAUUUAUAAUUCAUUUAAUGUUGAUUACUUUUUAUAGCGAGUAAUCAAUUCACUGAGCGCUUGUCGAGUAGAAUAUAAAUGCUAAGUGAAUUUCGGAUGUUUUCAUGCUCGCAGGUUAACCGGGAAGACGUUACACGAUGUCAUCAACGUGGGCUCCUAUAACUACCUGGGCUUUGCAGAGAACAACGCUGAUUUCCUGAAGACUGUGGCUGAUAAAACGCGUCAGUACGGGGUCGGAGUGUGCAGCACGAGGCAGGAAAUAGGUGAGUCUGUGGUCAGCGUGCAAAGAGAAAUAUGACUCAUGUCCUAGUUUCAAAAAAUGAAAGAAAAAAUACCCACUUCAGAGUCUGCGUGAACAUAUGGUGACCUUUUUAUUUCAGAUUUCUUGCCCAUGCAUCUAUUUUAAAAGCCCCUGGAUAUAAAACUCCAUCUCCCUCAUCACACACGCCAUCAUUUAUUAUCUUUCUUGUGAAUUACACUGCCCGCUUGUUUAAUUAUCUUUCAGUGGCUGUACUGUUUCCAUGAAUUAUUCAGCCUGGGUUGAAUUAUGUACCAUUUGGGCAUAAGAUAUUACAUUCUGCUGCACACUGAGUGGUAAGGGAAAUUAUAUCAUAGAGGAAAGUAACAUCGCCCUGGACAUGAGGCAGGAUGCAAAAUGAACAUCAGUGAUGGAAGUGUCAGAGCGGCGAGGAUCAGAGUGCUGAAUCUGUGGUUUCAGAUGAAUUUUAGAUGGCGCUCCAUCAUCCUCAGGGUUUCCAGUCGGCCUUUGAACCGGUCUAAGUGAGUGUUUGAGGAGGGGGUUCGAUCAGGACAACAUUAUGGUCAAAAAUCUUCUGUGGCAGUAUUAAAGCAAACCCAGGAAAGUGAAGAGUAUGGAGUUUAACGUUACGGUAAAUUACGGCAUGGUAUGAGGGUAUGAUGCUGUAUGAGACGAUGAGUAUGAUACAGUAUGAGACGAUCGGUAUGAUACGGUAUAAGGUGAUACAAUCAGUGAGAUACAUUAUGAGACGGUUAGUAUGAGGCGGUAUGAGAUGAUCGGAAUGAUAUGCUGAGUCGAUCAGUAUGAUACUGUUUGAGAUGGUCAAUACGAUACAAUAUGAGAGGGUACGAUUAGUAUGAUAUGGUAUGAGAUGGUCAAUAUGAUAUGAGACAAUAUGAUCAGUAUGAUAUGAGACGUUUAAUAUGAUGCAGCAUGAGAUGAUCAGUAUGAUACUGUAUGAGACUAUACAGCACAAUACAGUGCAACAAAAAUGCUAUCAGAUGCAAUACAGUAUGGUAAGAUAUUAUAUAAUACAAUUAGAUAUAAACCUUACAGCCCUGUACAAUAAGACACAAUGCAGUACCAUGCAGUUUAUUAUACUAUAGAAUAUGAUCUGAUCCAUUGCAAUGCCAUACUAUAUGAUACGAAUGUAUACCAUCUGACACAGUACAGUAGGAUACGAUUUCUCAAAUAUGAUACAGUGCAGUACAAUAGUACAAUACAGUGGGAUAUAAUAGGAUACAAUGCAGUGUGAUAUGAUACGUGUGAUGGCCUAAGUGUAACACUACUGAGCUGUAUGUCAUUAUCCAGCCUUUACUGGUCUAAACCUCAUCAUAGUUAAACAUGAACAGACAUGUCAAACAUAAAUUGAUUAAUCAGAGUAAACAGAUCAAUUCUCAUCAUUUCCCUUAAAUAAAUAUCACAAAUAAACCUAACCUGAUGGAAUAACUAACACAGAGCAGCUGGCCUGCAGCCAACAUUGUCAAUUAUGUUUUAUGUUUUUAGAGAAAGUUCAAUGCAAGCUUGAUUGAGGAGUUGCACAAGUUGUACAACUUGUUGGCAUUUCUGAAGAUCAAGCAUGGUAAAUUUUUCAUGCAUGUGACGCAGCCUUCAGCUCAUCAUCUGCACAUCUCAGUAAGAAACAGCCAAUGAGCAUGAAGCACCAAGAUAGAGUACAGUCUGCUGCAGAAACAAAAAACAAGAUCAGGGUGUACGGUUUCUAACUAAACAAUGUUAUACUGUCAAGUUGGACCGUUUGGUGGAAAUGCAUCAAACAUGUGUAAAAAAGCUUUAUUGAAAGAGACAUUGAUAAAGAAUUCCUCCAGAGUCAUUAAUAAGAGCUUCAUGACAGACCUCAGGAACUCCAUCCUCUUUAGUGCUGAAAUCUGAUGAUCUGACUCCCGCUUAGUGAUCACUGGUCAAUAUUUAAACAUGACGACGCUCAUUUAAGCGUGUGCGGUAACAGUGGCAAAGUUUACAGGAAAACUGUCGCUGUAUUUCUCUGUCUGUCAAUGAUGUUGGGUUUAUGGCGCUGCUGUAAAUCUUCUGACUAAGAGCGGGUCGGCUCGCUGUGCACGAUAUUAGACACAUGGAUUCGUUAGUUUUACGAGUGCUGAGAACACAAGAACAACCCCUCCUUUACGACACAAACACACACAAAAACACACACACUCUUCUGCAGGAUCCAUUAUUCAUUCACGUGAUUUAUUCAUAUGUUUAUUUCUCUUUCAAAAUGGGACUGUUUUUCUGUGGCUUUGUAAUCGGAGUUUCAGCUGGCUCACUCAGAGGGUUAAAGAAUAACAAGCAUUUCUCCCCGGAGACCUUAUUAAGCAUCAAUUAUUAAAGGCCCAGUAUCUCUGUAAGAGCAGCGAUGCCACUAUCUCCAGUGUGUUUUUUCUCCAUAUGCAGCAUUUUCAACUGGUGCGACAGAGAAAAUGUCACGUACAAAUGCUCCUGAAUGAAUUUAACAGCAUGCAAAUUCACCCCAAACCAAAAAUACCCCCAAAAAAUGACAUUUUCAUACUCUGAUUUUAACUCUACCUCUCAUAUUCUCCUAAAUCAAUCACUUUUGAUGCACAUUUCCCCAAUAUUUCAUUCCUCCUCUCCUUGAAUAUCAUGUGAUUUGUUUGUUUGCACCAAAUCUCAGAGAUCAUUUGUUAACAAAUUGCUUCGGUUGUGCAGGGAGGAUACAAAUUGAGUCGUAUUUAAAAGUAGAUCCAAAGUGCAGAGAAAACACGCCCUGUGAAUAAACAGACCUGUCGAACAGUCACGGAUUACUUUUAAUGGAUAGCUCACUCUGCUUACUUGUCUUGCAAUCAUUAACAUACAGUGAAUUAGAUAUCGAUGCCGUGCAUUCCUGUUCAUGAUCAACGACAAGGAAAUACGACGUGCUGCUUCCAGCUCCUCUCUGCUCAGUAUUUCACCCUCAUGUGCGCUCACAUAUACUCGUGGAAAAAGCUGUGCUGCAUAUUUACAUGUUCAAACUGGGCAGUAAAAACUUUAUGUGUCUGCUCGGACUAAAGUCAAGGUUGAUUAAAGAAAUGAUUAACUCCUGCAGGCUGCCAUAAAGAGAGAAACCACAAUCACAACAGAAGUACAAUCAUAUCUGCAGAAAAGAUGACUGAGGUCGGUCGUAAUGAGAUGCACAUAAGACAGCCCAGGUGUCAUUUCCCCUCAGCUAACUCAGGUGGGCAGACCUCGGGCAGCCUUAUGAGGUCAGCAUAUCAAUAAGGAGGAGGCAGAGCGUCUCUAAGUGAAUGCCGAUGCAGACUGACCAGGAUGCUGCACAUUCCGGCGGCAGGGCGGAGAGAGGCUGAGUGGUCGAGGAAAUGCAGGAAUCGAUCGGACACGGCAAAAAGCCUGAUGGGAAAAGAAAACAGCAAACAGACAGACAGAGCUGCUUCACUGUAUUCUAGUUUGAUUGUACAUCUGAGAGUCGAGACACAUUUCAGGUCCUUCCUGAGACGUCCAGUUCAAACUUCAGUCAGGUGGCAGAUGAGGGUCCAACAUCAGUCUGGUUCUGCUCGAGGUUUCUGCCUGUUAAAGGAAGCUUUUCCUCUCCACCUUAACUUGAUGAAUGCUGUAAAGUGUUUCAUUCACGGGGUUGAAGAUGAGAUGGGAGUGGGUCAGAUCUUACAGGAUGGGGUCCAAUCUGAUUCCAUCUUUACACAAACAGAAUCCAGACCUGCUGUUUUGUUAAGCAUCUGCAGAAAACACUUGUUGUGGAUCGGCGAUUCAUGGAUAAAGAUGGAUAAUUCUGAGAUAAUUCAUUCAUAAAAACAGAGCAACAGAAUUAUAUGUCAAUUUAAUCUCAUAUUCAGUGAAUAUGUGUGGAUCCAUAAAACCUAUUUUUUGCAAAAUUACAUCAAUUUCCUGGUUGUAACUUUGUAAAACAUGGAAAUAUCCAAUGUGCAUUUACAAGAAUUCUUUUACAUUUAAAUCUUUUAAUAUUUCAGUCAUGUAUAUUUAUCCUGAUAGUAACAGCUCCUAUAUACCGAGAAAUUAGCAUUAAUUCAAAGACAGAAGUCCAAGAUAAAACAACAGUCAUGAAAAGUGAGAGACUUGGAGUAAAACCUCAAACUUUGGGUUCAUUUGAGGUGUAUUUAUGAGCGUUUUUCUUCCUCCUCUUUCUUCCUGUAGCUCCCAAUUAUAACAGUAAUCCUUCUUUUUAUCCGCUGACCAUGAGGGCAGAGCUGAAAGCCCCCCAGAGAUCCCCCAAAAAGCAUGCUUUUAUUGCACAAAAUAUAACAACACCCGGCCAGGUGACAGAUUACAAUCUGAUCAAUUUUUUCUAAAUGAAUUUUCGGUCCCCAGCUGUCACAUCGGGUUACAAACAACUGCCUCUGCGCUCCCAAAAUGGGCUGCAGAGCACUUUCAGCUCUAGCAGGACUUGACUCGGUAUUACCUGGGAUGAAAAAGGGGGCAGUAAAUUACAAAUUUAGCACAACUUGAAUCUUUAUAAAUCUCCUCAAAUCCUCGGAGAGCGGGGAUGUGCGUGUCGGGUUUUUACACAUGGACUUUUCAUCAGGCAGCGUUCAUCUUUGUCACAAAACUUGUGAAAAGAGCAGAAAACGCGGAGACUAAAGGACUGACCAGAUAACCUGCAGGUACAUCGAUCUUGUCAUGGUAAAUUAUUUAUCCCUUAAGAACACACUGUUUAAAAAGUGUCACUACUCCUUUAAAGGCUCUGGAAAGUUUAUUAGUUUUAGCUUUUAUUUUGAUUCAUGAAUCCUUAAAGUGAUGCAGACUGAACAUCCUGGAGUCAAUCGGGCCAAAUCAAACAAAUCAACAAACUUCUGCAGCUUUUUUUCCAAGCUGAAGCUUUCAACAAAGUUUGCACAAACCAGGUCGCACACCGGACUGAUAAAUGUGUCAAGUGUGGUCGCUGCAAAAGACAACCGCCACCAUUUAUUUUAGGACCAUGUGGCUGAGGCUGGACCGCCAUGAAUGCUGUAAAGGAUUUGCAAGUUUUUUGUCCCAGCAACAAACUUCUGCAGCUUUGUUUCAAGUUGAAGCUUACGAGGCAGAGUUGAACAAGGAAAAAAGGACCCAAAUGCAGAACGAAAAAAAUGACUUUAAAGACAAAGGAUUCAUGCAUUGACUAAAAACAUGAGGAGAACAAAAUCCAACUAAAGACAAAGGAUUCAUGCAAACGCACACACAUGGACAUACACAGAACCAAAAGAGAAACAAGGGAAGACAGGGACUAUAUGUACACACAACAGGUAAACGAGCAACAGGUGAGACACUGAGACACAGGUGCAGACAAUUACUGAGGAGGGAAAAAAGACUACACACAAGGAUGGACUACUACAAAAUAAAACAGGAAGUACUGAAAACUGAUCUAAGAAUAAAAGAGAGAACAGGAGCUAAACGGUGUCAGACACAGACUGAAAACUCACAAGACUGGAACACAAAGAAAAUACACAGAAAAUACAGUCAAAUCACAAAAACUAAAUCAACAGAGCAGAUCAUGACAGUAAAAAAGUUUGCACAAACCAGUUUGCACACCGGCCUGUGAACUGUGUCAAGUGUGGUCGCUGCAAAACCAACACAACCUCCACCAGUUUAAAUGGGACUAUGUGGCUGUGAACUAUGUGAAUUAAAGGAGAUUUAGUGUUUAAACUUUAGAGUAACGUUGUAUUUUUGACAUGUUUUGUGUUCUAUUACCUCUUCUUUAAUUUACUACCUGUAUUGUUUGAUUUCGAGACCCUUUUUUGAAUUAACUUCUAACGCUUUAUCGCCAUUAUUCUAUUCUAUCAUGGUUUUAUCGCUUUAGUCCUAGAUCCAGUGUUUCCUCAUUUUUUAAACUCAAGAUAGUGUUUCCUCAGUCAUCUGUGAGAAGUUGAAGAGUCCUCACAUUCAGUCCAAUAAGAGUCUUUUGUGUGUGCAAUCUGUGUGUGUGUGAGCAUGUGAGUGCUGUAUGUGUUGAAUGGGGGUUAGGAGGGUAGCUGAGGUUUGGUAUUUGUAUUUUUAUUUAUUAGUGCUUUAAAAAUAAAGAUUGAUUGAUUGAUUGAUUGAUUGAUAUGUUGUAGUAUCUAAAAAAACAUGUCCCAAAGUGUUCAUGUGUGGUUUGUUUAGUCUCUUUUUUUCAUUACGGGUUAAAUGUGACUCGUUUCUUGCAGGUAACCUGAGCAUCCACGAAGAGCUGGAGCAGCUGGGGGCCGAGUUUCUGGGCGUAGAGUCCUCCAUGAUCUUCGGGAUGGGUUUCGCCACCAACUCCAUGAACAUUCCUGCGCUUGUUGGCAAGGUUAGCAAUCUCUCAACACUUGAAAUGCCACAUUGCUGCACGUUGUUGUGACGUCUAUCUGCUAUCAAGAGAUACUCAGUCUCGCAGAGAGCGAGGACAAGAAUGAGUCGCAGCUGGUUAGACUUGUUUCUCAGUCACUUCUUCUUUUAAGAUGUUAAAGUCACCAAAUGUUUAUUUAUGUUUUGAUUUCGUGUCCUCUCACGCCACACCCUCUUCCAGUUUUUUAUUCAGCUCAUUUUGGGUUGAACAGAUGCAGAUAAAGUCGUCUCUUCACACCUCUUCAAGUUUCAUCCUUUCGCACAGAUGCUGCUGUUCGAGUAUGUUUCACUUCCUCAGCUCUUAAGAAAAAAUCACACGUAUCUCACAGUGUGAAGAGGAAAUCCUCCUGUAUAUGGGUGUCAUUUACACAGCGCAGCAGAAAUUAAUCUAAUUAGCCGAGCUUUUGUUCCUUUCUUGCAUAUGGCCUAAAUUAACGAAUUACAGUCAACUAAACUCAGCUGUGAACAACUCCCCACCGACCCCCAUUAAUUAAAAUCAUAAUUAAACAUAACAGUAGCCGGGAGGACGAGGCCACGGGCAUGGCUGCUUUCAGACACGUUGACGAGACAGGGCAGGUUUUUGUUAAGAGCAGCACUCAGGGGGAUGAUUACCCAAACUCAGGCCUGUCGCGCUCAGACAGCCGCGGGUGACCGGGGGCAAAAACACGGCAUAAAUAUCUGUGAUUGGACCGGACAGAAGGGGAGAGGGAGGCUGACUGUUAAAGUGAGGAGAACAGGGUCGGUUUAUGCAAACCAAGAGGUGCAGCGGCCCCCCAAGGCUGCAGCCCCCACAGUGACCCUCCGGGGGCCAGGGGUCAAACCGCACUGCCAACCCUAUCCUGCAGGGACAGGCUGUGCAGAGACAAGACACGCUGAGCAGGCAGAGCUACAUUAGAGUGACAGCUGCUGGUAGACCAGGGACCGGGCCAGCUGGACCUCAGGCCAGACCCAGAGUAUCUGUCACUGAGACAGUGUCAACAAAACGCUCGACACGAGUUCAUUCAAAGCGAAGCAGUCGGACGCUCUGAGCUUCUGCUAAAUAUGCUAAUGUGGCGGAGAGAAAUUCAUGGAAAGGCAUGAAUUCAUUUGCAUACUGAUCCGUGUGGAAGAAGCAAACCCUCACCACGAUGUUGAUGCUGACAAGUGGAGUGCACGCAGGGAAAUAUAGGUAUGGAGGUGGAGCAAGAGGACUGGUGGACAUAAAUGUGAUUGUAUGAAACUUUUGAAGCCUCUAAAUUAACCUUUGACUUAUAAUAGAGGUGCUUUAGUUAGAUAAAGCUUCUAUUUAUUCAAUCCCAGACUGUAACGACACAAAAAAAAAGUGGCGAUGGAAAAAAAAGUUACUUACUGCAACAAUAAAAGGAUGCAAAUUUUUAAAAAAGCCACAACUGAGGUGAGCUGCUAGGGACCAGUAAUGAUGACGCACCGGUGUUUCAUGAUCUAGGCUCUAGGCUAAUUUCGCUUCGUGAACUUUUCCCUGUGGUUAGGCCAGGCAUGUCCAAACAAAGGGCAGGUGUGGCUGCAGGUUUUUCGCCCAACCAAUCAAGAGCAAGCAGUCUGACCAAUCAGCUGUCUGCAGACUGAGAUCAGCUGAUGAAAUGAAUCAAGUCUGGUGUUCUGCUGCUUGGUUAGAAGGAAAACCUGCAGCCACACCAGCCCUUGUGGAAUAGUUUGGACAUGCCUGGGUUCGGCCGUGUAGCGCCUGAGUCGAUAUGAAGUUGAACUGAAGCUAACACGACACCGGCAUCCUCCAGUUCAACUUCAUAUUGACUCAGGCGCUGCAUGGACUAACCAAAUGACACAUUGAAAUGUUCACAAAGAGAAAUUAAUCAAUAACCUUUCUACUAUCUUCUUUGCUCGUCUUCUCGCCAUCGUCUUUUGUGCCUAGAUCGUGAAACACCGGUGCAUCAUCAUUACUGGUCCCCGGCAGCUCACCUCAGUUGUGGCUUUUUUAAAAAUGUGCAUCCUUUUAUUUUCGCAGUAAGUAAUUUUUUAUUUUUUUUUGCAUCUGUUUUUGCGUCAUUAACUCCCGCUGUGGCUUCUUUUUUUUUUUUACGUUCUUUUUUUAUUUGCAGCACUGGCUGUUCUCGGCCACCGUAGUAACUCACCAGUAAUCUUGCAGGAAUAAUCUACUACAUCGACGUUCACCACAAAAUCAACAAUCUCACAGGAAGUAGAUGAUGUUUAACGGAUGGGUUUGUCCGUGUGUGCUGCUGUGAUUUACAUCAAUACUCCGAUCAUGUUUACAGCUUACAAGCUCAUUAUUUUCAUCAGCACCCAAGGGAGAAGCUAAUUGGCUCUCUGACUAUGUAUGGACCACCAAGUCUAAAACACCAUCAUAUGCCGUCCCAGUGAGAUUCAUCAUCUUAUAAAACCGAUAAUCAAAGAUUAUCUUGAUUUAUUCAUGACCAAAGUGGAAAAAAAGUAUAAUCUGAUUUAUUUUAUAGCUUAAAAUUAAAAUAAAAGUGGAUGUAGUUACACCUCAGUCAUGAUUAAAGACAAUAUAAGGCAAAGCUCCAAGUCUGGCUGAUAUUUUCCACCCAGAACACGUCUCACUUCGAGCGCCCACGUUGUGUAAACACCAAAUGAACCUGUGCCCACAUCAGUGCCCAUGGGUGUGCCGGUUUUUGAAAUGAGGUGUGGUCAAGUGCAAAGGUGGCGUGGUUUUAAUCUUAAGGAUGCAGGAAGUGUCGGCACCUUAGAGUCUAGACCAACACAAACUCGGUCCAAAGUUUGAAGCCUGUGGUGCAGCACUUCUGUGAAAUUUCAAAGGGAAGAGUUUAAGAGUUCAUAAAACACAUCCUUCAGCUUUUACACGCCAGCAAAAACACGGAAAUAUUCAUGUUUUCAUAAAGUCAGAUUGAGUGUUUGAUUAACGGGACAAACUCCAGUAUUUACUCUUGUAAAACCCGAACACAGUCAUGCAGAUCAUGCAUCUUUUCAUACAAGCGAGGAAACACUCACGGGUGUUUUUCAUGAAUAAAACAAAAAUGGCUGCCACUGUUUGUCAGAAGUUACAGAGCUGAGAGAGUGAAAAAACCACAUGUUAGACUGGUCAUUUCUUGUUCCUGCGUAAAUCUUAUUUAUGGUUUUUCUCUCUCUUUCUCCCUCCAGGGUUGUUUGAUUCUGAGCGACGAGCUUAAUCACACCUCUCUCAUCUUGGGGGCCAGACUUUCAGGAGCGACUAUCCGAGUUUUCAAACACAACAGUAAGUCCGGCGGCGUUUCGCAUCGGUAUUUAAGUUCAAGGCUGUGCUGUCAGAAACCCGCCAGCCUGGGUGCUUAACAUUCAUUGCUCCCGCCAGUCAGACAUCGUUGAUAUGAUGUGCUUUUGUUGAAUCUGUUUGUUCAGCAUCCUCUCCUCACAUCGUGCUUUUAUUCCAAACGUUUGCCGUCGCUGCUGUGAGAAACACAUUACUCUGUUUGCUGUGCAGGAUUUGCCUCUGGGAAGACCUACUUAAAAUUCUGUGUUUACAGCAGCAAACGUAAAAAGCUCUAAUGAAAUGGGUUCAGUUUACAGUCACCACUGUGUUUUUAUCCAUCGGCGGCAGAGCAGCAAGAAAAGAAGUCCAUUUAAAUGAAAAUGUCCUCUCACUUCAACCAUCUGUUCGCUAUUAAAUUGUCAAAUUACAUAUUGUGAAUGGUUGAUAAGGGAGAGUAUUAAGGAGGAUGAUACAACAUGGAGACGUGCUCCGCUCUUUCAGGAGGGAGGACAAAUGAGCCGCUGUGCGCUCUCAGCAAAUGUGUCCUGACAGGUACAAGCAGAGUCAGUUAUGGGUCCUCCAAGCACAUCCCAGGAGCCCGUCUAAAGGCAAAGAGCCCUCAGGCACCUGAGCGGCUGACCCCUCCUUACCUCUACACCUCCAGAACAAGAAAGCAAACCGCUCUGCUAUUAGUGCAAGGCCACUUUUAACAUACCAAGAGGGGUUUUAAUCCGUGGUAAUACUCUCAGUUAAGUACUAAACGGGUUUCCCAAGGGAGUCCUGGAGAAUACGUAAAUUUAAAAGAGCAAACAGACUUGUGCAAACAGUUAUUAGCAUGUUCAGAAGUAAAACAUGUGCGUCAACAAGUCAUGUGCAGAAAACUGGGACGAGUCGUAAAUCAACGGCAAACACAAACAGGCAGAAAUCGUCAUUAAAAAAAAAGGUCAGGUUGUUUUUAAACAGUUUAAUACAAAGGUAAAAGCUGGGUGUAGAGAAGUGUUCGACAUUUAAAGGGAUAGUUCGCGUCCAAGGUUAGAGUUUUACCCACAGAGAUCACAUCAAGCUCCGCCUCUGUUGAGAAACCGGCUUGUGAACCAGUCUGAAGCCAGACUAUCAACCAACAGCACCACAUUAUUUAACUAAUGUAAACAAACUCCAACCAAACCUCUGGAAAUCAACUUCGACCUGAGAAAUGAUGAUCCUGACUGUUACAUUGACUCCAUUAAGACCAGAUAGAAGGACUGAGACGGUUUUACUGAAAAAGGGUUGUUGUUGUGUUUGUUAGAUGGUUCAUAUAAAACCGUGAUCAUCCAUUCAUGUUUGUCAUUGAGGAGCGUGGAGGUUCAGUAAAGAAACCGUCGAGGAAAACUUCUUUGUUGGACUCCAAAGUCCUGCAACCUGCUCAAAAAUCCUCAAGAACCAGUCAGGCCAUCCAGAUUCCUUUGGCCCUUGACCUUCGCUGUUUUUACCUCCGCCAAGGAGGUUAUGUUCUCGGUAGCGUUGGUUGGUUUGUUUGUUUGUCUGUUACCAACUUUCCGGAGAAAGUUACAGACGGAUUGACCUGAAAUUUUCACCAGAGGUGCGUCUCAGCUCCAGGAGGAUCCCAUUACAUUUUGGUGGUGAUCCGGACAAAAUUCUGGAUACUGUGAUCCAGAAUACACAAUGCUGAAAGAUAACCAAUGGGCGGCACAGUGGUGUAGUGGUUAGCACUGUCACCUCACAGCCAGAAGGUCCUGGGUUUGAAUCCCGGUCAGGGCAUUUCUUGUUUAAGGGGGGGACAUGAGCUGCUUGGCGGAGGUUUAUAAGGAAUUGUGUUUUUAGUUUGAUUUUAAUCAGACGAGACAGCGUAGGGAUGAUAUAUUUUUAAAAAUCCUGACAUCAGGAGUGGGCUGAAAAUGUUUCAAACCCCCGAGUAAACGGAUGCUGAUUUGUUGUCCUAAACUGGAGGAACUUUUUUGUCGUAGAUUUCAGAUGUUUAAGACUGUCUUGCAAAAGGAGCGUGCAACUUUUAAAUUAUUGGACCUCUGCAGCUCUACUUGUGGUGUUUUGCAAACCCACAAGGCUCGGGAACUUGUUGUUGAAGCAUCAGUCAUUUGACCCUUAAUGUGAAAUCGUAGAUCCUCACAUCCGUACUCUGGGAAGUGGUCGUGGUCGUGGUGGCGCGUUGUUACAGUGAUCUCAGGCUCAUUGACAGAUUUGCAAACAACCCUUAAGUCUACUUUAAACACAUGUUGCAGUCUGUCUCUUAAAUUCCUCUCAUCUUUGUUGAUGCUGUCUAAAUAUUUGCAUGUUUCAUGUUUAACAGAGAUGGAGGAGUUUCAUUCCUCUGAGCAGACAAACUGGUCCGUCCGGUCAGUGCGUCAUUGUCGGGCUUGUUUGUCGAAAUACUUCAAAUGAGUCCUGAUAAAGGACACUCCUUUGAGGGCUGACGUUUUCUUCUGUCAAACCCUUUAUUGGAGCUCGGGUUUGUUUUUAAAAAAAGGAGUAUUUGUGCUCCCUCUGGGCCAGUGCAGCACAGAUAAUGACAUGUUGUGGAUACAAUCAUUCAGACUCGUCUAUAACUCCGCUCAUGACAGUCAUGCAGGAUCUCAUAUCAGUCUGCGGUUUAUCUCAAAUCAGUGCCUAACUGUGGAGUGAUCGUUUCCUCAUUCUUCCUCUGCACAAAGCAAACCACUCUCCCUGAUCAGGUCGAGGCUCUGAAUUGAUAUUAGUCACCAGGCGUGCGCUCCCCUCUGCAGAGCUCCAGGUGAUUUUAUCAGACUCCAGGAGGAGAAGCAGUCCUUAUUCUGAAGCAGCAUCGAUCAUCUAUGGCAGAUUAUCAGCUAUGCAAAUUUAAUCCCUCUGCAUGAUACGGUUGGACUGCGGUCGUGCUCCUGCAGCUAUUCAACACUGCCAUCUGCUGGUGUGUGCAGAAGAAAAUCAUCUCUGAUCUCACUUUUCCUCCUUGUUGAUAAAUCUAAACACUACAGGGAAAUCAUGACUGAAGCCAAACUUUCAAUUACAGUUGAAGAGAGCUCUGGACAAACCUGUGUUUAGCUCAUAGUGAAGUGAAGUAAUCCUCUGUGUCAUGCAGACGCUCAUGCAGGUGUUCAUUAGAGGUAUUUCCUGUUUGUUGUUGGUGGAGGGUGUUUCUGCUGUGUGUACUCAGUGAACUGCUCUGCCCUCUGGGAGUCAUAACUCACCUAACUCCUGUUUGCUCUUUGUAGGUGUUGCUUACAGGCGAGACAUCUAUGCACUCAGUAAACUAUCUAGAGCAACAUGUAUGAAGCAGAGAUCGUUGAAGUGCUCCCAUCCUUAAAGGCACUGGGAGGAGUUUUUCAUGACCUGCACAGUAAAGUAAACAAGAGUAGUUAUGUAUUUAUCCUGAAUUUUAGAGGCCUGUUCUGGUCGGAUUUACAUGAUAAAUAAUGAGUCUUAUUUGUCAGGUACAUUAGACAGUGAGAAGUUUUUAUUUUAAUUUUUUCUAAAGGUGAUUUUCAUUCAACUUUAAAUUUAGUACUUUGCAAAACUGUAAUAUCUAAGGAAUUUUUUGUCUUUUUAUUUAUUUAUUUUUUAUAAAAAAGGUUUCAUUAGGCUAAAUUAAAUCCAACUGGUUCAGAAAAAUAAUGAAAAAAAUUGAAAAUUAAAUACUGAAAUACUGAAUGAGAAUGAAUUAAGAGAGAAAACACAAGAAGCAAUGACAAAAAUUAAAUUCUUCUAAGAAAAAAGCAAUGAUAAUAAAAAAAAUCCAAUAAAAAUGAUUUUAAAAUGUAGAGGAAAAAAUGUAAAUAAUAAACACAAAAUAAUUUAAAAAAUUCGUGAAAUAAUUCAGAAAAUAAUGAACUAGAAGUGAAAAAAGAAAUAAAAUUAAAAAUAACUGUUGAUAUAUAAGAGAAAUAAACGAAGAAAUAAUGACUAAGUAAUAUUAAAAAAUAAAUAUAUGAAUAUUAAUUUAUAAAAAUAAGUUAUAAAACAUUGAAUACCACUGAAAAAUUUAAAAUAAAAAUAGGAAAUUAUCAAAAAAAAAUUUAGUGAUAGGAAAAUUAUAUAAGAUCAAAUGAUAAAAAUAUGAAAUGAUAGUAAGAAAAUAAAUGAUGAAUGAAAUAAAGUAAUAAUGGAUAACAAAUAAGAAGAAAAAAAGAAAAUAAAUAAUGUGUAAUAAAAUAAAAAAGAAAAUAAAAAAAUGAGUAAGAAAUACAAAUUAGAAAAUUAAUUCAGAAAUAACAUAGAAAGAAGAAAUAAUAAGAAAAAAGAAAAGCUAAGAAAUCAGAACCAGAGAACUUUAUUUGGAGGAAAUUUGAUAAAUAAAAAAAAAAAGAAACCAAAAUAUUUUUCUUUUUCUUUUUCCUUUUGCUUUUUUUUAUUCAGCACAAAUAAUUCAGAUCCACCUGCAAUCUCCUAUUGCACCUUGACUUCUGAUGAUGAUGAUGAUGAUGAUGAUGUCCUCUCAUAUGAUGAGGACAUGUUUUUCUUUUUCUUUUCAUCAAAAAGAGACACAUUUGUGUGUGAUUUUAUAGAAAAGGGUCAACUCCUUCUCUCAGUUUUUGUAUUAUUUUCUUUAGGGUGAGGUUGUGUGUUUGCCUCUUGUCACCUGUUUUAACUUGAUUUCCUCUCUCACCUGUGUUUGUGUUUGUCAGACAUGCACAGUCUGGAGAAGAUGCUCAGAGAGGGGAUCGUCUCCGGGCAGCCUCGGACCCAUAGACCCUGGAGGAAGAUCCUCAUCAUGGUGGAAGGGAUCUAUAGGUCAACGACUUUACAUACAACACACACACUCGCCGUCUAAUCUAGAUGCUGUCCUACACACACAUAUCUUGGCUCAGCUUCUGCUGCAGAAUCAAUCUCUGUUAGUCCGUUCUUCCAGGUGGUCUUUAGCAGAGUAAUGCAGAGCUGGACUCAGGUAGAAAUCCUCAUUUGUAACCAGAGCAGAGCCUCCAGCCCGUGUUUAGCAGUUCCUGUAAUGGUCUCCUUCUCAAUUGCUCCCCUCUCUGCCCCUGAAUAAUAGGAAGUGUGUGUAUGUGUGUGUGUGUGUGUGUGUGCGGUCGGGUAGCGUUUGAUUACCUCUGAAAGGAGAAAGGUAUUGUGUGUCCCUGUCUGCAGUGAGUGAUCCAGAGUCUCAGUGACCCUCUCCAUCUGCUCAUUAGCUCCAAAUCAAGGCCAAAUGGAGCCACAGAGAUUGACUUGGCUGCAACCUCAACUCCGGCUGUUUAUCACCGACAUUUUCUUUUCUCUUUCUGCAUGACAUGUCAGCCCAUCUGAGCGGGAGCAUGUCCCAUUCAGAGGGCUCUUUGUCCGCACUGUUUUAUCCACUGCAUGUGUUUUAGAGGUGUAACAGAUCCUUGUUGAUCCCUGAUCUGUGUGGACCCCAGAUUAAACACACACUUAUCAUAUUGGUGGGAAAUAAAAAUUCAGAUGUUUUUUUUUAAAUCUCAAAUGUGUUAAGUUUGCAGAAAAACUACGGAAGCUGCACAAAACUGCAAAAGCUGAAUCUGCACCCAUGUAAAGUCAGAAUAAAACAGGGAUUAUUUUAUAGGCUGAAAUUACUGCUAUAUAAAAUAUAUCAAACACAACUUUAUGAGCAGGUUAAAGCGCAAUCCAAUUCCUGGUCUGGACCAUACUCUUUGUUCAGACCCACUGUCCCCUCAUCCAAAUCUGCCACAAGUGUAACACUGCAAUAUUUAGAGUGUAUACAGUGCAGAGGAAAAACUUUGUGAUUAAACAAGCAACUUGUCGUGUAUGUCCAAACAAAUUCAAAAGUCCAAAAAACACAAGAAGCAAAAUCUAAAGAGUCAAAACGGCACUGGGAAUAAACCACAAGGAGACAACUGGGGACACACGCUUACGCUGACAUUGACAUACCGUCACACACACAAUAAACUAACAAGAACACAGGGGAAGACGGGAACUAUAUACACACUGAGAAACGAGCAACAGGUGAGGCAGACGAGACACAGGUGAAACUCAUGAGUGAUUAACGAAGGAGGGAAAACUGAGGAAGUAAAAUCCGACUAAAAACACAAGGAAUCAACUCCUACAAAAUAAAACAGGAAAUAAACACUGAAAACUGAUUUAAAGAAUAAAACACAGAGAACAGGAGGGAAACGGUCAAACACAAACUGAAAACUCACAAAACUAGACUACAGUGGAACAAGAACACUAGGGAAAAUACACAGAAAAUGCACUAAAAUAAUACUAGGAGAAAACUAAUUGAACAAAACAUUUCAUGACACAACUGCAUUUCAUAAUAUGGGUUCAAAGAAAUAGUGGGUUUGUGUGCAGUGAUGUUUAAUCUUCUUGCAUAUGGCUUAUUUUUGCAGAACCACUAUAAGGAAAGUUGAAAUAUCUUAAAGUGAAAUUCAUUAGUCAGCAUUGAUGAAUUAUGAGGUUGACACUCAGGCAAAUACCACUGCACUUUUGAUUACAGCACAAAUGAACCACACUUGUGCACAGACUCAAAGUACAUGAGCGUGCACGCCAAGUGUCCAUAUUUGGAUAUCCUUUCAGAAGCUGCAGCACCGUCCACUAAACUUGAGAAAGUCAAAGUCAGCAUGGUUAAAGACGUUAUAGAGAUUAGUGAUGCACCGCGCCGUUAUUCAGAUCACUGUAAUCUUCUCCCUAUUGUUAUAAGAACACGGUCAAACACGGCCAUCAUUUUAUUUAUAUUACGCCCGAGCUUCAUAAAAGACAUGCUAAUUUGGGAGACAGCUUAAUUGCGCAUCAUCAGACUCCCUUUAUUGCACCAUAACAUCUCAGUUCAGGCUCAGACAUUAAAGAAAUGCUGCCUUUAGUAACAGCGCUACAGGAACUAAUGCUUCCUCUAUCACAUCAAAAGCCCCAGAUAAAGACUGAGCCCGCUUUAGCUACAUCCUGGCUCUGACUUUGAAGUCCACAUGGGUCCUGGUCGUAGUCUGCAGACGCUCUCGGUGUUUGCAGGGAGAGCAGGUCUGGGAUCGCUCUAUUUCUGCUGGUCUUACGUGAAGGCUGUGUGUUUGCGGCUUUAAAAGGUUUGCAUGAGUUUGGAGAGAGGUGGGAGUGAAGGGAGAGAGGCUAGCAGGAGAUUCUUCAUGUCAGGUUAUGUAAUCUAACAGAUGUACAUGAGCAGAAGAGAGGCACUGAUUGAGCAAAUUUGAAAGCUUUGUUUGGUUUUUAAAUUUAUUAUUGUGGGCCAUCAUUAAAUUGAUGGUACAAAGAUUACUCUUGCUGCUGUGAUGCCAAAUUAUUCACUAAUAGGCUCACUGGCCAUUAAGUUCCAGCCAAAACAUCUGUGAAUCUCUAAUGAGCACUAAAGUGAAUAAAGUAAAGUCUGGGCUUGUUGUUGUUGUUUCCCUCUGGAUCUCAAUCACAAAGUUGAACUGUGAAACUCUGUGUUUCUGCGUCUUCAGUAUGGAGGGAUCCGUGGUGCGACUCCCUGAGAUCGUCGCUCUGAAGAAGAAGUAUAAGGCGUACCUGUACCUGGACGAGGCCCACAGCAUCGGAGCGGUGGGACGAUCAGGGAGAGGUGUGACCGAGCUGUUUGACGUGAACCCCGCCGAUGUCGACGUGAUGAUGGGCACUUUCACCAAGAGUUUCGGGGCUGCCGGAGGCUACAUCGCAGGGAAGAAGGUACGAGUGGUCUUUAGAAAUCUGCUCCAGUUUCUGUGCUCCCUUUAAAAACAGUUUAUAUCAAUAAAUUAAUGAGAUGGUUUCCAGGAGUAUAAAAUCUAUAAAUUAUAUUAAUCUUAAAUUCGAAGCUGCUGACUGCCUCAUGUGACCUUCAGCCCUCCUGAAUUUAUUAAGAAGCAGAUUAAAGGGUAACACGACUCUAAAAUAUAUAUUAACAAGAUUAUUUAAUAAGAGACAUAAAACACUACAACAUGAUGCAAUAUAGUAUGACAUGUUACACAAUGCAAUAAUACAGAAAUACCACAGUAAUAACGAUACGAUGUGACAUUAUUAUAAAUGGUUCAACUCAGUAUGGUAUGAUAUAUGAUACGAUAUGUUAUGUUGCAUUUAAUAACAUCACGUUAUGUUACAUUCCAAUAUAUUAUAUUAUAUUAUAUUUUCAUUCAUUCAUUCAUCAUUUAAAAUAAAAAAAUAAAUUAAAGAAUGAAUGAAUAUUAUAUUAUAUUAUAUUAUAUUAUAUUAUAUUAUAUUAUAUUAUAUUACGCUACACUACCUACUAAAGGAUAAAAUCGAAUGUGAUUGAUUAAGAUAUAAAUACGUGCGAUUCAACACAACUGGAUAUGAUAUGAUAAAUGACAUGAUAUGUUAAAUUAUGUUAAAUCAAAUAACAAGAUGAGACAGAACUUAACAUUGUGUUUUGAUACAUAUGACAUAUUAGAUAUAAUUUAUCGAGAUAAUUCAAUAUGUGACAUUAUGCAAUCCAGCUCAGUAUGGGAGGCUCUAGUUUUAACUACUUCAACAUUAGUAUUUAUAUUUCACUUUAAAAUUGAAAGUAUAAAAUAUAACAAUCCACAUAUUAACUGAUAUUGAUAGUGCACAUAUAAAUAAUCAUCCAACAUAUAAAUAUGACAAAGACCAGGAUAACAUGAUGUUAUUCCACAACCUAUACAUCUGCAAGAAACAUCAGGAAACAUUUCCCUGAAAUAAAUGUCAAACUCUGUUCUGCUGUUGUAUCUCAGUGAGGCCAAAAUUUGUCACUGUUGACUCAGCAGUCACGGAGAAAGUUUUUGGUAUGCAUCAAGAGUCUUCAAUAAUGAUCAUUUAUUAUUAGUAUUGAGAUUUGUGAGGGAUUGAUUAGUCUGGAACAGCUCCAGCAGCCUCAGGUGAGUUUUCUUUUUUGUAAAUACUACCUGAGAAAGCAUUUGAUAUUUACCUUGGAUUGAUCGGAGACCCUGGUAACCGUUGUUUAUAUAGAAACAGAAAUGCUUUGGCUUCAGUACAGGUUAGAACAAAUCAUAUUUAGUGUUUCACGCAGGUCUGAAUGGGUCUCAAUCAAACCGCGGCUCUUUCACAGCUCUCAUGUGUCCAACAAAUGUUCCCCCGGCUGUGACUCGGGCCUUUUUAAUUCCUCUUUACUCCAUUAAAAAGUACACUUUAGUACAUAACCGCGCCGGUUUUGUGGCAGUUGAUUAGAAAGCAACAGAGGAAACGGCCAUGCUGCUUGAAUUAGGCGUUCAUAGAGGGACCCUUCCUGCUGUGGCCUCAUGUCGGCUGUGCCAUAAUAAGAAGGUAAAGCUGGCUGAGGGCCAGCCCCUUCUUGUGGCGAGCGUCGGAACUGCGCUGCAGAUUUAACAGGGUGACUUUUAACAAGCAUGAUAAUGUUUGAAGUACGAACACUGUGCCUGGUUUGACAGCUGGCUGCAGUAAAGUCCUGGAAGAAACAGGCAGGAACAGAGGGAGAAAGCCUGUAGAUUUGACGUAUUUGUUGUUGUGGUGAAAUCCCCCAAAUCCUACACUAAGACUCAGCAGAUGUGUUCUGGAAAACAGUCAUCUUAUAGCUAUUUUAUGAGAGGACCAAAAUAAAUACACCAAUAAAUAGGCUUCAGGCUCCUUCUAAUUCACUAAAACCUCACAUGAGGAGAGUUUAUUUAUUAACCCUUCGCUGUAAGCCUCAUUUACACUGAAAUUAGUUUAUUAAAUAAAUCCAUUUAAGAGCAGAGUCAGCUCUCGGUCUCUUGGCUCUGUUUCUUUUCUGAGGCGGUCAGGACGUGUUUUUCUACAUCAUUACACUCACAAAACACGUGUAUGUUUCAGAGUAAAACAUGCUGUUAGUAUGAGCCCUGUGUUUGCACAUUUUACACCAAAUUUGCAAAACUAUGAGCUGAAAUGUUUAAAUUUUUGGGUGCACAUUCAUUAAAAUGAAUCAAUUGUAACAUUAAAAGGACAGAUAUGCAUAAAAAUAAGGGAUAUUAAUUUCCAAACUCUAAUCCAAAGCAAAAACAGAUUCAAAUUCUCUGGCAAAACUUUAAUAAAUUCUUCAAAUCUUGUGUGUAUUUUGUUGCAACAUAUCCUUACAUAGUUUAAGGGUUUCCUAUAAAUAUGCUCCAAAGCUACCUCUGUUUUUUUACUGGAAUUUAUCUGUAAACUCUUCACUUACACUUAAAUUAGUCCAUUUAAAGCUACAGUGGGUAACUUUGAUGUUCGUGUGAACUCUGGUGCCCCCUCUGGACAGACUAAUCUUUGCCUUUUUUUUCUGUCAUUUAUUUUUAUUGACAUUCAGAAUCAGACAUUCACAAUGUAUAUCAUGUGAGCAUACUUCUUGCAUCCGUUGUCUGCCCUAAAUGCCAAAAUGAAAAUUUAGUUUAUAUCCAAGUAAUGUGAAGAAAAACAAACAACCGUAACAACAACAACAACAACAACAACAACUCAAUAAUUUUAAAAAACUAUGUACUGGUAGGGGGGGGUCUCUCUUGUCUACGCCUUUCUAGUGUUUUUCAUGCUCAAGUAGCGUCUCACACAACCUCUACACAUCCAACAUCACUUAGUUUUUACGUCCUGCAGCUAAACCUGAACCUGCAGACAGUAAACAGAGGAAGCAGAUCAACAUGUCUGCUCUACAAGCUCUCUCUGCAUGGACCAUCAUCCUAUCAGUGCUGAGAACAAGCUCUGCAUUAUCCAUCCGUAUCAUUGAAUCACUAUCAAAAUCAAUCUGACACUGAAUCAGAACUGUGGCCCAUAGAAUGGUGAGGUUCUUGACAGUUCCUGGUCCUCUUAGAUGGAUCCAUCGAAGAGCGGAGGAAGCAUGUGUGCUGUCCUGGCUCUGCUCCCUCCCUGUGUCAUUCAGAUCUUGUAUCUCCCCAUCAGUGCUGCGGCCAACAUGCGGCUGAGGGAACACUCUGAGCUGUCACUCCUCGCCGCAGAUGUGAGAUGGAUUUCGGACGCGUUUCUCUUAACUGGUUUAUCUCAGUCUCACCGAAUCCUCCGGGGCCCUAAAGCGGUGAAAAUCCCCCGCCUUAAACGAAAACAGAUGUCAGGUUGUUUCAGGGUUCUUAUCCUAUGUUUGAGCAUUUCCCCUUAAAAUCCCUUCCCCUCUUAAGUGUGUGUGUGUGUGUGUGAGGAAGCCACAGCCGCCGCCCAGUGGGGAGGACAGAUGGCGGUGAGUGGAAAUGGUGGCCAGACAGCAUCUCCGGCUACAUGUCAUCACCCCGCACCCACUGGCCACUGCUCAGCCACCGAGCAGCAGCCCAUCACAGCUCCGGGCUCGCUCCCAACCUCAGACUACUCACACACACAUGAAAUCCACCUAUCCCCUCAUAAACCACCGAAUUAAUCUCCUGCUGACAGUAAGAAACAAUGAGCAGGACAGUCUUCAUCCUGGCUCAAUUUAACGCUAAGACCGCCUCACAUCAAGGACUUAUUCCUCAGAGUGGAUCUGGGAGAAGAUCCAGAGUUAUUUUACAGAUACCAGUGACAGAGGGGUUUUCUUAGACCCCCGCUCAGUUUGUUUCUGCAGCCAUGAUCCACUUAUACAGGAGUUAUAUGACUUUCUGUCAAAGAAAAAUCACCCCUGCAAAAUUAGGAUGUAUGCUCCACCUGCCCUGACGUCUUUAUUUUCAUCAGGAGAGGGGGGCAAAACAAAGAGGGUCUCUGUAAAGAGAUAUCAGAGGAAGGACAGAGGCCACUUGGGUUGAAACUCAUCACUGAUUGGUAAGGCUGUACGCUGCACCUCUCCUCACUCCUUCACUUCACUGAAGGAUUAAGAAGAGAGAAAACAGAGAAAGUAAUGUCAGAUAGAUGGCACAAAAACACAGACAAAGGAUGAGGAUCUUGCUUGGGCUGCAGCUCCUCACCUCCUUUAGAAAAGCUGUACGCUCUACCUGCCCCCCUUUUCCUAACUUCGCAGGAAAGAGUGAAGGGAAGGAGGAAAAAUAAUGUAAAGAAUGAGAUUAGUAAACACAAGUCAAGAAGAGGUGCCUAACUGGGCUAAAACUGACUUUCUUCAAGUUAGGCUGUACGCUCUACCUUCCCCUUAUUCUCCCACUUCUCUUGUGACAAGUAAGGAAAUCAGAGACGGUGAUAUAAGGAGGACAGAGCCACAAGGCAAGGCCAUACGCCCUACCUCCCCCCAUCAACCCACUACAGUGAAGAAAGGUGGAGGGAGGAGAGAGAAGGUAUAAAAAAUGAUCCGAGAAAGAGGACAGAGAAGAGGUGAGAGGCACCAGGGUGAGAAACCUUCUGGAGAUAUAGCUCAUCUCUGCAAGGUUCACCCGCACGCUCCACCUCCCCUUCUUUUCCCGUUUUCAUGCAGCUAAAAGAUAAGAGGUAGGGAAAGAAAGAAAACCUCAAAGAAAAAGACAGAGUUAAGGCAGGAGGUCUGUGUGAGUUAAAGCUCACUGAUGCCUGAUCAGGGUGCACGCUCUACCUCCCACUACUUUCCUAUUAUUUCCGAGCAUAGCGAGUAAAACCGAAAAAGUGAUCAAAAUCAGACCCAGACUAUGUUUACAGCUCCAACUAGCAACCUGGGAAGAGACAACAGAGUCUAUUAGUUUUACUUCUAUGCAGAUGUCUCUUUAUAUAGCUGAGGUGACACUACAUGACUGCUAGUGUGCUCUCGGGUCGCAUAAUUGUAGAUUGCAUUUGUUUUUUGUUUUUGUCUUGUGUAUAAUAAAGAAACAUUGGUGGACAAUUUUACGUCAAACUACAAACAGAAAACAAAACCUGUUGUAACUAAUAUCCAAAGAUACAUCUGCAGGGUUUUAAUGUAGGUCAUAAUUCAGCUUAGAAACAAUCUCUGUUAUCCACUUAAUUCAGAGGUCAUGACUAUACUUGAGCUCACUCUAGUGGUGUUAAAUGUCAAGUGCAGGGCCACACUUACAGUAUAUUAUUAAACAAUAACCGCUUCUCACUUUAGAUAAAGAAAUAGUGAUGUUUAAUUAAAACACAUUUUUAGUCCCCGCUGAUGUUUUCUCUCUUACUUUGCAGGAGGUGGUGGAUUACCUGCGCAGCUAUUCCCACAGUUCAGUGUACGCCUCGGCCAUGUCUCCUCCUGUCGCUGAGCAGAUCAUGCGUGCUAUGAAAUGCAUCAUGGGAAAGGAUGGCAGCACAGAGGGUGAGUGUCUGACUCCUACAGCAGCUCCCUCCAGUGAAUGUCACCCUCAAUCUCUAUCUUCCUGUGCACACACUCGUCAAACCUGCUGUUCCUCAAACGGACAAAUAUUAUGCCUGGCUGCUGAUGAAAAUUUUACACCUUCAUAUAAUUUUUAUGGAAACAAUAGCAAACCAAAUCCAGAGGACAGUACCAAUGUUAGCAUUAGAAGUGAGUCCAGAGCUGCAGGGAAAGACAAACAGCUGCUUGGUCAGAAAAUAUGGAAACAAUUACGGGGUCUGCAGUGGUAGAGAGAGGGGAGGCAGCCUCUGAACACACGUGACCCUAACGUGGAGGAAAUCAUUCGCAUGUGUGUGUUCUGAGGGACUCGGAGCUCUGAAAAGUUUCUGCUUUAAUGGCUUCAGACACUCAGGCAGGGAAGUAGUAAUUACAAGACGGGUCGCUCCAGUGCCAGAGCAAUUCUCAGUGAGUUGUAGUAGUUGUAGUUUGGUUGUAGGUUUAAGAGAAAGAGUAUUUGUCAAAGGGGGGUUAGGAAAUGUUGUGGUGGAGGAAGUUUUGGUUAGUAAAUGGGGGGCAGUUGCACACUUUAUCCUCCAAAUUUACAUACAUUACAGUGAAAGGCGGACGUGUUAACUGUCAGGCAGAAUGAGUACAGAACAUGUCUGCGCCAGUCCAAGGACAGAAUCGGACCUUUACAUGAUCGUAAUCUGGACCUUUGAUUUACUCAAGAUAAUCUAUAAAUCUGAUUUAUUGUUAAAAUCAAUCAACACGCAUUCUGUUAAUCCAGCAAUACAGUUUCUGUCAUUUUACACAAAGUACCCUUGGUGGGUAAAAUGUAAACAAAGUGCCCUCUGGAAUUCCCUCUAGUGGGUAAAUGAAAACAAAGUACCCUCUCAAUGCUCUCUGAGUGGGUAAAAUGUAAACAAAGUGCCCUCUGCAUGGGUAAAAUGUAAACAAAGUGCCCUCUGGAUGCUCUGUGGGUGGGUAAAAUGUAAACAAAGUACCCUCUGGGUGUCCCUCUGGUUGGUAAAAUGUAAACACAGUACCCUCUGCGUGGGUAAAAUGUAAACAAAGUGCCCUCUGGAUGCUCUCUGGAUGGGUAAAAUGUAAACAAAGUACCCUCUGGGUGUCCCUCUGGUUGGUAAAAUGUAAACACAGUGCCCUCUGGAUGCUCUCUGGGUGGGUAAAAUGUAAACAAAGAGCCCGUGGAUGUCCCUCUGUUGUGUAAAAUGUAAACAAAGAGCCCGGUAGAGGUUCAUCUGGUAAUUAAUUUAAAUAUUCUUUUCCUGCAGAAAUAUGUAAACAAAAUGCCAGUAGAAACUUAGUAUGUAAACAGUGCCCACUGGAUGACCUUCUGGUGGAAAUAUGUAAACAAAGUGCUCUCUUGAUGCCCUCCUGGUGGGUAAAAUGUAAACAAAGUACCUUCUGGAUGUCGCCAUGUUGGGAUAAAUGUAAAUAUUGUGUUCUCCUAAUGACUUUCCAGUAGGAACAUCUGAUCAAAGGGCCUUCCACUAGAAAUUAAGUAUGUAAACAAUGCCCUAUGGUAGAUAAAUGUAAGCAAAGUGCCCUCCAGAUUCCUUUUCUACUGGAUAAUUGUGAUUCUGAAUCCACCAGAUGCCUUUCCGAGUGCCAUAUUUGUAAUUUCUCCAGACUCUGUGCGGGUUAAUCGAUUGUUAUCUAAUCUUUUUCAACUUUUUUAAAGAAGGGUUCGACGAGCUCUGCUCUCAGAACUAAAUCCAGGUGUAUAUCGUAGUUUCUUGUAAAGAUGAGUAACUUUCUCUCUUGGCUCUGAGUCAGACAUGCUUUGCAUCUGACGUAGCUUGAUGUUCGCCGUUGUGGUAAGAAUCAGUCUUGACCUGUCUCAUAGAGAGGAGCGCACAGCAAACUGAGCACAUUUUCACAGCGUCAGCUCCAGUGUCCAUCAUAAAGCCAUAAAACUCGCUGUGACAAGCGCCGUCGCACACUCCACAACAAGUUUAUUCCUCUUCUUCUCCUCGGUCCUCCUGCGCUGCUCUCAUCUUUCUUGUUGAUGUUGAAUUUCACACCUUAAAGCAAACAGUGUUGCAGCAGGAAAAACCCCAGCAGACAGAGACGUCCACACAUUCUCACCUCCUCAUAUGAUUCCUGUGCCUGGCAGCAGGUUUCUGACCUCUGUGACCCCUAUCUCAGCAGAGAGGAACAAUUUACAAAAUGGGUUCUGCGCUUUUUGGCGGAUGACUGAAUGUUGUGUGUUUUUUUCCCUUCUCUCUCGCUCUCUGCUGAGAUAAGGGAAUUUAAAGUGCUCUCUUACAUCCCCACCAAAGAGCUGCCAAUCUGUUCCCAGGUAAUCAGAGGGAAACAGAGCUGUGCUCCAAGGCUGGGCCCUGCCAAACUCUGCUGCUGCAGCCGCCGUUCACCCGGCUCUGCUGAGAUUUACAUCAUAUAAAACACAGGAGGGGUGGAGGUUAGCGGGACAGGCCGCACAUGCUGACUCUGAUUUGUUUUCUGAUGCAUUAACCUUGAAUACAUUUAACUCUGCAGCGUUAUUUGCAUACCGUGUCUGGUGUGGCCGAGCUCCAGCGGCACAUGGUGGCUCAUUUUUGUGCAAGAUCCAUCUUAUACAAUUUGCAAUCCCUCAUUUGGCAGCAUGUAAGUGUGUAUAUCAUGCCGCCAGACGCACAAAACUGAACCAUCUGCUGCUGCAGCUGAGAUGUAAUCAUGAGCGCGUUCACGGCGGAGGCUUGAACGGCCCAGAUGGAGGCGCAGGACUCAGGAUGAGAUGACACAGCAAAGAAGUUUUCAGAGGUGGCAGAAAUUCCCUCAAAGACCGUAAUUUUAAAAAGAGAGUGUGAUUAAAGCUCCUGUGAGGAAUUUAUGAAAUAGUCUGAAAGUUAUAUUGACGCCUUUUAGUGACAUACAAAAGCAAACAAGACCAUCAGCAACAAGAUUGGUGGAUUUUGUUCAGUAAUUUUUAAUGACUGAAACCAGCAUUAGGGGGAGGUGUCAGUCAGUACGUUUAUAUGACACUCGAGAAAACCGAAUUAUCGCCUUACUCCAGAUAAUGCGAUUGGAAUUCGAUUUUCUUUACCAUGUAAGCAGCGUAGUCGGAGUAUGAUUGGACAAUGCAUGUGCGUGUGCGCCACGCCCCCCGUAACAAAAACACCAGAGCGUGCAUCUCUCCUACAGGAAAAGUAGCGCGUCCAUCAUGUAGGACAAAAACAACGCUGUACGAUGCUCCAUCUUCUUGUUUCUCCAAAAUGCCCAGCAGCAGUUGUCGACACUUCUGACGUCUGACAUGGACCUGCUGUUGUUGUUGACGGUUGUCUGGGGUCGAAAACAGCGCCGCUGAAAAGACCCACAUCGCCCCCUAGUUUUGGGGAGGAGGACAAAAUGAAUUAUGAGCUUAGUCCGAUUAAAGUGUGCAUAUAAACGCACUGAGCGUAGUUUCUGGAGAAAAAAUCCUAUUUAUGCUUAUUUACUUUGAACUGUCAAAAGUCGGAAAAAUGAGAUAUUUAGUCGAAUAUCUAUAAGACAAGACAGGGAAAGACCACACAGGGACUGAAAGUUCCUCAGAGGAGCUUUAAAACAGAAAAUACUCAUACAACUAUGGCUGCGUGAAUUGAUGAAACUGAUCGAUCAGCAUUUGUGGAUAGAUUCUUACUGUGUAAACAAACUGUGAAUCCAAAUGUACCAAUUCCCUGCAAAAACUCAAAUCCCGACAUAUGAACUUAUCCAAACCUUGAUUUAAUUAUUCAUUACAGGUAAAGUUAAAGCUGUUGACGUGUAUUACUUUUGAUUUUUUUGAAUGAGUGUGUAUGUAGAAUUUGGUGCUUUUGCAGCCAGCCCCAAGUGGACACUCAAGGAACUGCAGUUUUUAACACAUGGGUACCAGCUUCAUUUCUGUGGGCCAGAAGAAGUCUAAAAUCAAAGUUUAACAACAAAGGGAAGUACUUUUAGUGGAAACAGGAACUUAAAAGUGACUGAUCCUAUCAAAAUAAAAGAAAAUAUGAACCGUCAAAGGGAUUUAUUAUAAAAUGUUUGGUUUCAAACUAAAUCCUGUGUCUACCAGAAAUAUAAAAAACCCACUUCAACGAUGACUCAAUGUAAACUUUCCUAACUAUACUGAACAGCUCCACACAGCAUCAGUUUUAUUACCUCCCACUCCUGGACCUCGUGCUUCUCUCGCUCUUAGUCACAGGUGAUUUCCCUCGCUGCAGCCGAAUGUGGAAACAUUGGCCCCUCUCUCACAUACAUCUGCCGGUGUCCUUGUGUUCAUUGUAGGCAUCAGACGAGUCCGCCAGCUGGCAGAGAACACCCGGUACUUCAGGGCCAGACUGAAGGAGAUGGGCUUCAUCAUCUACGGCAAUGAUGACUCACCUGUGAUUCCGAUCCUGCUCUACAUGCCUGGAAAAGUUGUGUGAGUACACCUCAACAAAACCCGCUCACUGUGAUCGUAGAAAAAAAACCUUUCAGGAUCGUUUUUCUGAGCCGGGUCACAGCUCUUUUUUUUGAAGAAGUAAUUUCAGGUGAGCUCAGAUAUAUCAUCUUUAAGUGUUUUGGAAAGCAGCCAUGUCGCUCCCUCUAAAGUUUCCAUGAAUCAUUUUGUGUCAGUCUGAGUUUCUAAAAGGGGUCACAUCAGGUAUUGAUUAGGUAUAACUCAUCUGGACGGUUUGAGCCACUCAGGUUUAAUCAGGUGGGUUUAAAGUGUCUUUCAAGGCCAGUCAACAUUAAUAUCCAUGAACAGGAGCAAGAGCUGCAGGAACCAGAAGCUGCUGAGGGACUUUUCUGUUGCAUAAGCAUGAACGCUGAUUGGAACAAAACAAAAAAAGUGAUAUUUUGCUUAAAAAUCUUUUGGAAAAGCUACAAUUUCUACAGAGUAUUUUUACAGAGUACAAGAUUGACGUAAUUUACAGUAAAUAACAAAGCAAAGGGGCAUUUGUUCAGUUGUUUCGUCACAUGCUGCAUGUUUUACCCAAAGUAAGGCCAUAAACUAUCAUGAACGGUACGGAAAACAAAGGAAAAGAAUCAGACAAACACACACGAUGAACCAACAAGACAGAGACUAUAUACACACUGGGAAACGAGCAACAGGUGAGGCAGACGAGACACAGGUGAGACUCAUGGGUGAUUAACGAAGGAGGGAAAACCAGGCUAGAAACACAACAAAUCAACUACUACAAAAUAAAACACUAAAAACUGAUGUAAAGAAUAAAACACAGAGAACAGGAGGGAAACAGGGUCAAACUGAAAACUCACAAGACUGGACAACAGGGGAACAGGAACACCUGGGAAAAAUACACAAAUAUUACACUCAAAUAACAAAACCAGUGAAAAACUAAAUUAAUAGAACAAAUCAUGACAUAAACUACCCGGUCAGAAUCAGUUCUUAAGUGCCGCUUCACCAAAAAGGUAGGGCUUUUAUUUUGAAAAUCAAGGAGAUUUUCAGUUCGAAUAGACUGAUUUGUAAACAUUCAUAAAAUGAAAAGUCAUUCUGCAGCCAUCAUUCAUCCAGCCUGACGUAUGCAAAAGCCUUUUAUACUACUUUAGGUAUUAAAUUGUCGUGUUGCACUUUAGUGCUUUUUUUUUGCACAGUAUCAGUCACAGCAGCACGUCUUAGUCACAUUCAUCCUGUUCUUUUCAGAGCAUACUUUGAGGCUAAAAGUCAUGAGAGAUCUGCUCCCUCCAAAUUGUUAGUUAUGUGCUUUUUUUUUAAUUUACGGCGCUUUGCAGAAAUUAUCACAUAUCAUCCAUACCGCACAUCCCAGAAACAUAACUGAGAGUUUUGAGGGUUUGAAGUAGAAGCAAAUUUCCUCAGGACAUUUUUAUGAGAAGGAUAAUAUUUCACAUUUAUAUCCAAGGUGGCUCUGAGGUCACGGCGUAGUUUUGAGAGUGUGUAAGAUGCACUUUUAAUACUAUUUUUUUCAUCAUCUUAAACAUGAGCUGCAUCUUUAACGGCUGUAAUUGUAAAACACAGAGAGAGGUACUGUGUUGUGUUACUGUAUUUUACCCAGAAGAUGGCGCUCCAAGAAGCAAGGUGGAAGGUGCACUGAAUAGGGAAAGGGGGACCAGAUUAGUGGCACCAGUUUUCAAUGCUUUUCUACCUUUAUGGUGCAAAUUUUGGAGAACUGGUCACAGGUUGUAGUUACAUGGUUGCAUUCAUGCCCAACAACUAUCACGGUUACAAUGCUGAACUAUGGUAUGGGUACUUUGCCCACAAGAGCUGCACAUCUGCAUCAAGACUGCACAUUGCUGAAUGAAGCGGAAGUCCAGUGAGACUCAAACUCUGGAUUUUACUGUAUUUUUUAAAAUAUCUUGUGUACCUGAGUGUACAGUAAACCUGAUUUUUACCGUUUUUUUUUCUUUGUUGGCGUCCAGGGCUUUCUCCCGUGAAAUGCUGGCUAGAAAAAUCGCCGUGGUUGUCGUCGGCUUCCCCGCCACACCAAUCACCGAGGCUCGAGCUCGUUUCUGUAUGUCUGCAGCACACACCAGAGACAUGCUGGACCAGGUACACGCUCACAUCUACACAUGAAUCCUUUCAAGGCUGCAGUGAAUUUAAAUAUCAACACGGACCGACUUACUGAGACUCUGCUUUGCCUUCAGGUGCUGCACCAUCUGAACGAAGCGGGAGACAAUUUAUGUCUGAAAUUCUCACGGAGGAAAUAUCCCUCCUGGUCUGACAUCCAGGAAGAGGAGGACUUUGAGCUGGGCAACUGAUAUGACCUUUGACCCCUUCAUUUCACAGUGUCAAAACUGAGUCUGAGUGUCGUCCACGCCGCGGCAGACAGCAGUAAACACGCGACGCAGACAAACAGCCGUGUCUGACAGCGGAGGAGGGGCCAAAUGUUUGGCAGCUGCUUUUAACAAGUUUAUACAACACUGUGAUUCUGCAGAACACUGAUCUGACCUCCUGAAAUACUUACAGAUGUGAAAUUACUGCACAAGCAUUGCUCAGUCACUCUGAAACACAAGUUCCUAAAAUAUAAACUAUAUUUGUUAUUUACCUUUUUUAUAUGUUGGAAAAAAACACAUUAUUUUAUUGAAGACACAUGUUUAAAUCCAAAGAGAGAGUUAUUCCUUUAAGGUGUGUCUAUAUUUAGACACUGAAGCGUUAUCUGUUUUUUAUGACCAAAUAUCAGCAGAGAUUUGUUAUAAAAGCUGUUCGGACUUGGUUUUAGAAGAAGAUGCAAAAAUGUUCAAUAAUAAAGAGUUCUCUUCUUUUACUUUAUAUGAAAAAAAACAUAUGUUAUGUAAAUGGCAUUGGUGCGCACCUGCUGUAAUGAUUUUUGGUCAUUUUCUUUUGUAAUAAAACAUGAAAACUGUCA